CGCACUAUUUGUCCCACUUUUUCCUCCCAUCUCUCUCGAUCGGAGAUUAGGUUUGAAGACGAGAGAAUGAGCAUGAAGAAGAAGACGACGCGUGCUAACGCGAUGUGGACGCGUGUCGGGAAGUUCGAGCUCGGGAAAACCUUGGGUGAGGGCAGUUUCGCCAAGGUUAAGUUCGCUAAGAAUGUCGAGAGCGGCGAGUGUGUCGCCAUUAAAAUCCUCGACCGUGACCAAGUUCUCCGUCACCGGAUGGUCGAACAGAUAAAAAGAGAAAUAUCAACAAUGAAGCUUAUCAAGCAUCACAAUGUCAUUAAGAUAUUUGAGGUUAUGGCAAGCAAGUCAAGGAUAUAUAUCGUGAUCGAGUUUGUUGAUGGAGGCGAGCUUUUCGACAAAAUUGCCAAAAGCGGGAGACUAAAAGAGGAUGAAGCUAGAAGCUAUUUCCAUCAGCUUAUCAAUGCUGUUGAUUACUGCCACAGUAGAGGCGUCUACCAUAGAGAUUUGAAGCCUGAAAAUCUUCUUCUUGACUCGCAAGGUGUUCUUAAAAUUUCAGAUUUUGGAUUGAGUGCUUUCUCGCAGCAAGUUCGGGAGGAUGGAUUGCUUCACACUGCUUGUGGGACUCCAAAUUAUGUUGCUCCAGAGGUGCUCAAAGAUAAAGGUUAUGAUGGUACUUCAGCAGAUAUUUGGUCUUGUGGAGUUAUUCUCUUUGUUCUUAUGGCUGGUUAUUUGCCUUUUGAUGAGCCAAGCCUUGUAGCCUUGUAUAAGAAAAUAUGUACGGCUGAUUUCAGUUGUCCUUCAUGGUUUUCAUCUGGUGCAAGGAAAUUGAUUAAACGAAUUCUUGAUCCAAACCCUCUUACGCGUAUAACUGUUCCAGAAAUUCUACAAGAUGACUGGUUCAAGAAAGGGUACAAGCCAGCCCGAUUUGAGCAGGAAGAGGAUGUAAAUCUUGAUGACAUAGAUGCUGUUUUUAAUGACUCAACGGAACACCUUGUAACAGAAAGGAAAGAGAAACCUGUGUCCAUGAAUGCUUUUGAGCUUAUAUCUAUGGCGCAGAGCUUUAGCCUUGACAAAUUGUUUGAGAAGCAGAGCGGGGCUGUGAAGCGAGAAACCAGUUUUGCUUCUCAAUGCCCUCCUAACGAAAUUCUCUCAAAAAUUGAGGAAGCUGCAAAGCCUAUGGGAUUUAAUGUUCACAAGAAAAACUACAAGAUGAAGUUGAAAGGUGACAAAAGUGGGAGAAAGGGCCAGCUUUCCGUAGCUACCGAGGUUUUUGAGGUGGCUCCCUGCUUACAUAUGGUGGAGCUUCGUAAAACCGGUGGUGACACGUUGGAGUUUCACAAGUUCUAUAAAAGUUUUUCGUGCGAACUGAAAGACAUAGUCUGGACAACGGGUGAAAGCACCGAAGCAUGAAGGCCCUAACAAAAACCGUCUUGUACCGAUUCAUUAUUGCCUUAGCCUCGUGUAUAUACUGUUUGCUUGCGCGAACUAGAUUGCUUCAAAACGUGAGGCACAUGGUUCAUUGACAUUUUCUUUAUCCCCUUUAAUUUCCGUAGGGAUCAAAUAUUGAAAUUUUGCAAACAGAUAGCCUAGCUAUGUUUUUGUUCAUCAGAUGGUGUAUUUUGAGGAGAUUAAUAAAACCAUAAAAUGUUUGAAACUAA